UCAACCACUAAUCCAGCCUGAUUUGAGUUCAGGCUGGAUUCAGACAAAGAUGAUGGAAAAAAAAAACUCUUGUAAGUUGCAAAACAUCGAUUUGAGUGGAUUAAUCUAGACAUCCAAGGCUAAAGAUCACUCCCUUCCAUCAUAAGUUAUCAACUUAAUGUAAAGGUGACCCCCGCAGAGCAGGCGCGGAUGGUUCGGUCCUACUCAGACUAGCCGGCCGGCGUCUACUUACACACGAACGGAGGCUGAACGUAGUUUUUCAAGCGUGAAAGAACAGAAGCCACCUGCAAACGAUAAGUCUUUCACAUAAUAUGAAAUGACUCGGGGCGGAGUUGUAUGGGACAUUGGGCAGAACUGGAUUUUGUCCCCUCUUCCUGUUGAGAACAUUCCCACCCUGAACAGGUUCCAGUAAACAAUCUUGGAGAGGGGCCAAGUUCACGCAUAGCUACGCUAAUAUGUUUUUGGGAACACACCGAGCUCAAACAUUAUGCUUUUGGCAUCAGAUUGAACCCUGCCACCCUGGCAAAAGAAUUAUAAAAAAAAAAAAAAAAAAAGACUUCUUUUAAAUCAAAUUAGACCAUUAAGAAUGGCUCAACAAAGCUGUGCUUAUAUAGCAGACGGUGUGUUUUUGCUGAAGUGACCCACUUUUACCAUCCUGAUUACUGUUGCUGAGCCCUUAAUUGUGAUAUUUCCAAACCAGGCAGUGAUCAUUUUAAAAUGAAAACAGGUAUCAUUUGGGUCAAAAGAACCCAAAUGACACUCCUAAUGUAUCAGUUCCUGAUGUCUGUGCUUGAAAAAUGUCUAAAUAAACAGAAGAGCAUAAUUAUGAGAGUAAAAUUGAUAAAUUGUUUUAAUUAGAAUCUGAAAAGUGGGAAGAAAAUGCACCAAAGUCAGAACUUCCCAUUGUAGCUCACCUGGCUCAAUGAUUAGGGUUAUUAAUCGUGAUGGGCAGAUUCAUUUGAACAACUUUUAAUCAGUGUGGAUCAAAUUUAUAGAUUUAUUUUUGAGUUUUGCAGAAGAAGUUGCUUUUUGCACGCAUACAGGUACUUGACCGGCAUAUCUUUUCCACACACAAAUGUGAGGUUUCCUGUCUUUUAUUUUUGCUUCUAAGUGUAAAGACAUGCAAAUGCUUUCAUUGCAGACUCUCCGCUUCCUCUCCAAGUACUUUGAACAAAAGCUCAACAACUUCUCCCCUCUCUGUUUUCAUUCUUUGUCUCGAAGCCAAACUCUAACAUCCCUUUGUUUCUGGCCAAAGCAGAGUGUGCCUUCGACAGUUUCAGUAGAAUGGAAACCAAUCAUGUGGAAACAGCAGCUUAGAAAUGACGUUGAUACCAUUUAAGAAGGUAUUGACUGGAAACCUCAAAUGUCUUUGUGGUCUCCUGAGAGUGGGUGUAAAACGCCUUUGUGUUUCAUCACCUCCUUUCCCCCCCCCCAUCACUCACUGGCUGUAAACAGUGAACAGCUUCCCUGAGAGGAGGCAGUGAUGUCAACCUAUAUGGCCUAAAUGGCUUGUGAUCUACUUUUCUAAUUAGYAGAAGUGGAAACUAYGACAAGACGGAGCUGGAAYUUAURCCAAAAAAUUMAAUUUAAGAUAAAUUACUACUAACUUUUUUGUUGAAUUUAAACAACACAUCAGAGUUAGUCAUGAGUCAAGAUGCUUCAUCUGAUUGCUUCACUAAACCUCUCUGUGCUUUUUGCCUCCCACCCCAGWGUGUUUGUGCAUUUCUUCUCGACAGGCAGGAAGCCCUGUCAUGUGACUUCCUGCGAUCUGUCAAAACUUCAGUCUCAGUUUGGACCAAUUUUACACCUACUCCACCUUGAGAAGCGGAAGCGGUCCCAGCAGCGCGAGACAGAGCCGGUCAGCUGUUCAGAAGCRSUUCUGCAUGGCGUCUGCUGCGAGGCGUGAAGCGGGGCGUUUUGAUGCAGGACUCAGAAGUGACUUUUCACUUUUUUGAAACUUUGAGUUGCAGCUCGAGCAGAGAAGUCGACGGUAUGUGUUGCUUAUGAGGACGGACAGCUUAGUUUGCAAUUAAAGAGGAAGUGCGGURGGGGGAAAAUGGAGGGCCAGAAAACGGUGAACUUCACGAGACUCUUGUCAGACGAAAGCGUCCARUCCACCCUGUCGUCAGACUCAUGUGAGUACUACCAGACAGAGAUAUUUGACCUGCUGCCCAGUGUCCAGGCUGUCCGGUCCCAGCAGGACAGCUAUGAUACGCUGAAAAGCAGCGAGGCCUUCCGGUCGGGUGGCCCGCGACCCGACGAGGCCUUCAGCACUGAGAGCCAGUCGAGAGGACCCAGAGACAAGCUGUCGCUGCAGCCACUGCGAAACCUGGCCAUUUGUAUGCAGGGGAAGAGGAGCGCAAGGGAAAGGAGGAAAAUGCAGAUCAGCAACAUUGGUUUCUGGGAGUCAUGGAGGCGGAGCCAGAGCAUCAACAGGAAGAGGGUCUGGGCUCACAUGAGGGAGGCGGGAGCCAGCUUGYUGCCUUGGAAACACACACUCCACAAAAUUCAAGGGAGGUUUGGCGUCGGAGUGAAGUCCUACUUUGUGUUCCUCAGAUAUCUGAUCUACUUGAACCUGCUGCACUGCGCUCUGAUCGGCGGCUUCAUCCUGGGGCCCACAGGGUUUUAUGGCAAAAACAGCAGAGAAUGGUUGCGAUUUGACGGAGACGACUCUGUGUUAGAYUUCCUCGUGGGAACGGGACUUUUGGCUCGUUCGCCUGUUUUCUUUGGCUUUUACACCAGAGGCUCUCUGGAUCUCGAUUGCCUGAAYACACCCCUGCUUUACCUGGCUGGGAUCCUCUGCAUCAUCUUCCUCAGUCUCAUCAUGGUGGUCCRCAGAACAAUCGUUGGCUAYAAGCACACCUGGAUGCUCGAGAAGCGAACCAGCAUGAAUGUGAGCUUUAAGGUCUUUUGUGGCUGGGACUACACCAUCCAGCAUUCAAAGUCUGCAGAGCUCAAGCAGAGCUUCAUCAGGAAUGACCUCAAGCUCUUCCUGGAGGAGAGGAAGUUCAACUUGAAAAAGGCUCAAAGGACUCUGGGACAAAAGCUGCGCCUCUACCUGCUGAGGUUCAUCCUCAACCUGAUUGUUGUCUUUCUGCUCGGUGGAGCUUUUACCCUCAUCUACUACUCCACAAACGUAUCCCUCAAAGAGUCGAACCAAGUUUGGAUUCUCAGCCUGAUCCUUCAGUAUCUUUCUCCCAUCACCAUCACCUCUGUGGACCUAGUCCUCCCKCAGAUAUUCCGCAAGAUCUCAUCUUUCGAGGACUACUCGCUAACCGUUCAAGUGAAUGCAACGCUUGUGAGGAGUAUCUUCUUGAAGCUGGCUUCCCUGGGGAUCUACUUAUUUUUCCUCUUCAAAACAACAACAUCUGUAGAAAAUCGUCUGUGCAGGGAAAACCAGAUUGGCAUUCAGAUGUACAAACUGUGCAUCUUCAACUUCCUCACCACUUUCUGCAACACUUUUUUGGUGAACUACCCCAGGAAGCUUUUGCAGGAGAAGCGCCCGACAUGCUUACUGGUCCGGCUGUGCGGGAGGCAGCGGUUCCUGAUCCCGUUCAAAGUUCUGGAUCUGGUCUACAUCCAAACUGUGUUGUGGGUUGGGGUGUACUACUGCCCCCUGCUGCCUAUGAUCGGAGUGGUCAGCCUGCUGGUGAUAUUCUACAUCCAGAAGUUUGGUGUCCUGAGGUGCUGUGAGGCRGAGCAGCGGAUGUUCCGAGCCUCCAACUCGUCGGUUCUAUUCCACUUCAUGCUGCUGCUGGGCCUCGUCAUGGCUGCAGCCGCGCCGAUCGUUGACUUCCACCUGGCCGAGGGAACUAAGACGAUCUCCUGUGGUCCGCUUAAAAAUGAAACUGUGCUCACUGUGACAGAAACCUGCGUGAAAAGUCUUCCCGACUCAGUCCAGAAYGUUCUCAAGUACUUGUCCUCACAAGCCUUUGCCCUGCCUCUCCUGCUGGGUGAGAUCAUCAUCCUGACGUCGUACGUGUCACGAGGACGCGCCAACCGGAAGGCAAUCGAAAGGCUUAAAGACAUGCUGAUUAUGUGCAGCUCAGAUAAACGCUUCCUGGUGAAGCAGCAUGCCACCUUGCUGAGAGGUCCUAAGAACCCAAACAGAGUCCGUCCUGCUGCGGCUGAACAGAAGCGGCCCCUCCACGGCGCUCCCUGACACUCCCAGUUUACUCUCAUCUGGAAAUGAUGGAAAACAAGAAUGUUGAAUUAUUCACAAAGGAGCAGAGUGACCUAUUGAAACUUGUGACCCAAUUCUGUAAAAAGACAUUUUCAGAUUAUUCUUGCAAGCCUUUUAUAUGCCUGUGUUAAAGCUACUAACAGUGCACAGACUGCUGGAAGCCUUUUAUCAGUGUUGACAUUGAUGACGUGCACAUUAACCUCGCUAUAUGGAAAAUAGAGCUUGGUAGUAUUCCUAAAUGUUAAUUUAAUAUUAUUCAAGAGGCWGUAAAUGUUUCUAUUUGUGUGUCUAUUAAACUUUUUUGCACUAA